CGAAAGUCUUACAUGCGUCUACUAUUGUGUGACAGCAGACAGCGCUACUAUAAAAGGGUAAAGCUGUCGGCGUUGAUCAAUGCCUUAGGGAUGCGCCAUGAGACUGAAGAUGUGAAGAAGAAGCACACAUUAGAUAGUGACGAAGAGUUGGAAGAUGAUCACAAGGAAUUAGACGUGAGAAAGGUCGAAGGACAAGAGGAUUGUACACUUGAGUUUGAUGGGUCGACGAAAAUAACUGCAUUUAAUAUGAAGGAAGACAUGGAAGAUGGUCAUUUUGAUGAGACUGGGAACUUCAUUUUUGAUAAAAAAGAGAAGGAAAUCAAAGAUGCAUGGCUUGACGACAUAGAUUGGUCUACGGUGAAGGAAAAAGCUGGAGAUCAGUGGGAAAUAUCUCCGUUAGCACUUUUUAGCCCAGCCAUUCCGCCAACGCUAAACGAUAUCCGUCGAAAAGAGAUCUUCACGACGUUGAUUUCAUUUAUGAAACCAAAUCAAACUGUGACUAAUGUGCUAACAGCGCUGAAAAAAGCCAAUGGAUUAACUACGGCGGAAGAGCGUAAGAUGCGUUGGAAGGCGAAAAAAGAAGGAAAAUCAUUGGAAGAGUCGGACUCACAGAAGAAUACAAGAUUAAUUAGUGGAUUAGUGGAUGAAUUAAUCUCUGCUGGACAUAUGGACGCUUAUGAAUGGACACGUGAGAAGCUAGAAUUCUUGCUAAAGAAGCUUGAAAGCACUGCCGUAGACUCAGUAGAUAUGUUUUCUGAUGAACCAGGUACCAUUUCUACCCCUUCCAAUUUGGAAGACCAGAAAUGGGAAUAUAAAGAGUCUGAAACUGGAGAAAUUCUUGGUCCCUUUUCGUCGUCAGAGAUGGCAAGUCGGCAACAGAAUGGGCAGUUAGCUAGUGGUGGCCUGGCGAGGAAAUGCGGAGCUGCUUCCUUUAACCCUGUUUCUCGUAUCGACUUCGAUUUAUAUUGUUAA